GCCGCAACAGCACCCGCGGGAUAUGAUGUCGACUUCAACAAUCCGAAGACGAAGCAUAAUGGCGCGGGAAUCAUCAUAUCGAUCCUAGGAAUGGUCUUGUCGACUCUGUUCAUACUGCUCCGCGUAUACACCAAAACCUUUCUGGCUUCCACUUCCACGUUUGGCAUCGAUGAUAUUGCCAUGGUGCUCGCUUGGCUCCUCUCUAUCGGCCUGCAAAUCAUGGUUGUAUAUCUGUGGUCGAUACCAUCAAUCGGCAUCCACAUGUUCGAGGCAUACCUGCCAGUGGUCAAUAAAGCAGUAUUGCUCAUCUCAGUGUGCUCGAUCUUGUACAUCCCACUCAUGGCUCUUGCCAAAUUCUCCCUCCUAUUCUUCUACCGACGUCUCUCCAUGGACACAUGGUUCCGCUGGGCAGUAUACGGUACUAUGGUUUUCGUCAUCGGAUACAGCGUUGCGCUCUUCUUCGGCCUGCUCUUCGCCUGUACACCUCUGAAAAUGAACUGGGAUAUCACAAUCACAGACGGACAUUGCGCGAACAAGGGCAAGAUGUAUCUCUCCACCGCCGGCUUCAACGCUGCUACCGACGUCAUCCUCCUCGUCAUGCCUAUUCCAAUGGUCUUGAAGCUGCACGUACCAGUCAGGCAGAAGAUCGGACUUUUAGCUAUGUUCACGAUUGGAUCUUUAACGCUCAUUACAUCGCUCGUCCGCCUCGCCCUCCUUCCUCCAAUGGUCUCUGCAACAGACGUAACCUGGGCCAUCUCCACGCCUGCAAUUUGGAUCUGCAUCGAAGCGAACCUCGUCAUAAUCUGCGGCUGUCUUCCCAUCCUCCGUCUCUUCUUCCGACACGUCGCACCUCGUCUGAUAGGAGAAUCCUCA